AUGAACCAACAAGGAUACACUAUGGUGACCAAUGAGGCCCUAUCUAGGGGUCGGACAAUAAUGCAAUCAGAUGGACUCUGGGGUGUCAAGUCAGAAAGAAGUGGACGCUCGAGCUUCCAGAACACUUUGCCUACAAGAGUAUCAGGAUCACUUAGUCAAGAACAAAUCGUGGCGUAUCAGGUUAUGUUUCGGAUUCAAGAAAUCACUACGAAGCUGCGAUUAAAUAUUUUGAAUCCUCCAAUGCGUCGCAGCCGAUCUCCGUCACCGCCGCCCGUCUAUGACGCUCGAGGGAAAAGAACGAACACCAGAGAGCAGCGCUAUAAACGUCAAUUAGAGGACGAAAGACAUCGUUUAGUUGAAAUAGCUCUCAAAAUGAUACCGCACUUUGUGGCUCCUGAUGACUAUAAAAGACCUACGAAAUUUCAAGACAAAUACUACAUUCCGAUUCACGACUUCCCGGGCAUCAACUUCAUGGGCCUUCUUUUGGGACCAAGAGGCAAUACACUUCGGAAUCUUCAAGAGGAUUCGGGGUGCAAAAUUUCGAUUAGAGGCCAAGGGUCCGUGAAAGAAGGAAAAAGUGCGGCUGAGCUCCCAAAGGGCGCUAUGAAUUUUGAAGAGCCAUUACAUUGUAUAAUCAGCGCUGACAGCGAGGACAAAGUACAGAAGGGAAUAAAAGCGUGCGAAGGUGUUGUUAUCCGAGCUGUAACCUCCCCAGAGGGCCAAAAUGAGUUGAAGAGAGGCCAGCUGCGAGAACUAGCAGAACUAAACGGUACUUUGAGAGAAGAUAACAGACCAUGUCCUACGUGCGGUCUUCGGGGACAUAGACGCUUCGAAUGUCCCAACAAGGCGACCUUUUACCAGCCGAUCAUUUGCCAAAAGUGUGGCCAGUCAGGGCACGCAACUCGCGACUGUACAUCUGAGACUCCAGCUGUAAGAACGACGGCUAACUACGCAAGUCCCGCAAUGAUGUAUCAGAGAAAUGCGGAGAAUUCCGCUAAGCGACCAUUUGUGGACAAUAGCCCGGGUCCCGAAAAUGAUUGGAAACGGCGCAAUACCAGCUCCAAUGAUGAUUACCGUGCCUCCCACGAUCGGGUGUCUCAGAUGACAUCCUAUCGUUCGAGACAACUAAGGGACGCAGGUUUCCGAGAUGGUUCCCAGAGUCCGGCAAAUAGAGCUCCUGCCGAAAUUUCAGACAGCCGAAUUGCUUCCUUUCCAUCGCCCGUGCCUAGUGCAACAAACGACCGUGCGGCUAGUAAUUUCAAUCGCGGCUCUCACGAGGAUGCGGUUGCUUACAGUUCAAGUGGACCAGAUGUGACCGCUGUUUCAACACUUUUGGGCCCGCCAGGAGCUUCUGAAGAAGCAUCAUCCAAUAUCGCAGGUCCCCUCGGGAUUUCGAUAGAGAGCUCUGCUGUCGUUAAAAAGCCACCGGGUAUCUCGGUUGAAGACGUUGGGGCGGCUCCACAAGCUCAAAGAGCUCCUUCCAGUGAAGAAACAGCAGAGAUCGUCAACGCUUCAAGUAACGGGCCACCGGGAAUUUCGGGUCCUCCAUCGAUGGGAGCACCCCCUGGCCUCGACCUAACAGAACCAUCUUUUCCGGGUCGGCUUGAGAAUAAGAAUGAUAACACCCCGCUAAAGGGCCCACCUGGUCUAAGUGGUCCUCCGGGUUUAUGA